ACCGCUGGGACGUACUGCGACUCGCCGUAGUGAACCCUUUCCACGAACCUCGGAUCCCUUACCCGCCGCGUUGCUUUCACGCAGCAGUCGCCGUGGCUAAGCGCCGCAGAGGGCGUCCAUUACAGGCAAGUUCACAUACGCACACCGAACGAACGCCGCUCCAAUAGUAUGCAUGCUGGCCGGUCUCGGUGAAAGGAGUACAGCCUUAAUCAGCCUCCGUUUUGACUAAUACCAGAUUAGCAGCAGAUAUCGACGUUACACUACGUGCGCUUACGGAAUGAUAUCAACGACGAUAGUUAGGCGAGCAUUCGAGGAGGCUCCGUGUCUGUUCGUGUGGGCUCUCGGGACUGUCACCUGGAUUUUUGCAGCGACUCUCCUAGUUCACGUGACGCGGGUCAUCGUAGAAUGGCUGCGAAUGUGGUGGUACCUGCGCGAUGUGCCCAAGCCUAAGCCACAGAAGUCAUUCACGUUACUUUUGGACCUAUACAGGCAGAUGUAUGCCAUGGGACCGAACGUGGAUGUGAAAGUCAAAGCAUUCAGGUACCUAAAAGGACUGUUCAAGUCAUUUGAAGAUCAAGAUGUGACGGUCGCUUACUACGGGCCGUACGCGAUUCUCCUCGGUGCGACUCCACAAGUGGCAGAGGCUAUCUUGGGCAACACCAAAAACGUGACCAAAGCCUUUUUCUACAAAAUGCUGAAACCGUGGAUUGGUGGAGGUAUCAUCACACUGGAUGACGAGCCGUGGAGAGUACGUCGUAAAAUGAUACUGCAAUCUUUUCACGUCCGCAUCCUGGAGGACUACAGUCCCAUUAUGGACAAAAGAGGCAAGAGACUCAUACGAAAACUCAAGAAUAGGAGCGGCGAGUACUUCGACUUUCUUCCUGUGCUCCGCGCAGCAACCUUCGGAGUACUCUUCGAAACGACAAUGGGUGUUGAUUAUAACGAAGAUGGUGUCGAAACAAUAGAAUACCUGAAAAUUCAUGACGCAAUCUGCCAAAGCAUCCUUAAACGGCUCACGAAUUUUCAUCACUGGUUUGACUGCAUUUAUGCACUCAGCAAGGACUACAAGGAGAUGUCUAAAUACGUGGAAGAAGCGAAGGAUUUUGUGAGCAACAUCCUUCAGAAAAGAAUCACCGACUACCGAAAAGGCAUCAGAGACACGGUUUCGGAAAAUUCUCUACUGGAAGUUCUUCUCCGAAUGUGCGUCGACAAAGGCAUUCUUAGUGAAAUUGAUGUUCGAGACGAAAUCAUCACUAUGUUGAUUGGGGGCUUUGACUUCACGGCGACAGGCCUUGCCUUCGCGCUUUACCUGCUUGGCCACCAUUCAGAUAUUCAAAAGAGGGUCCAGGACGAGAUGGACGCAGCAUUUGGAGAUGACUUGGAGAAGUCUCUUGACACGGAAGCGAUAAAAGGUCUCACGUACACGGAAUGCGUGCUAAAGGAAGCAUUGAGGCUCUACCCUCCGGGGCCACUUCUGAGCCGUUUGGUAACAAGAGACACGAAAAUUGGACGGCACACCAUUCCCCGAGGCACAGUGGCCGUCAUGGCUUUCUAUUUUCUUCAGAGACAUCCUAGGUACAUUGAGCACCCAGACUGCUUCAUACCUGAAAGAUUCAUGGGCGUCAAAAGCAUGCCGGCAUUCGCUUAUGCACCCUUCUCCGCGGGACCUAGAAACUGCAUUGGACAAAAAUUUGCUCUAAGAGAAGAGAAGAUUCUUCUCACUCACAUUCUGCGCCGCUACACUGUCAGCUCCAAAGUGCCUAUCGACAAGCUUGAGUUGGCCGUAGACAUGGUGCUGAAGCCCGUUCAAGGUAUUGAAUUAAUGUUCACACCAAGAGUGCUUCCUCCAUCAAGCUGAAAGCUGCCGAAGCGAAGCUCACCCACGUACAUUUGUCACUUACCUUAUCAGAUCCUUCACUGUCAUCGUGCGUUGAAUGUUGCGUGUACAUUUCGCCCAAACAAAAUAAAGUGUUCUCCAAACGAAACAAA